ACACACGACACACAGUUGAACGCAACACGAACGCGACUCUUCGCAAACGGCCAACGAACAAAUUGCUUUCAUCUAGUUCAUACACUUCCAAUUAAAUUGAUGAGUCAGUUGCGAGCGUAAGUACACAAAGAAGUGACUCGGGCUGUUAUUCUUGAUUAGAUCAUCCAAGAUGUUGGACACGCUCGAGUACGGCGAGUGUAUUCGCGACUCGCCGAAAUUUAGGCAAGUACUUGAGCAGCAAGAGUUGAGCAUUGAGCAAUUGGAACAAAAACUCGACAAGAUUCUUAGAUUAUGUGGAACUAUGAUUGACAGUGGCAAGACCUACAUAUCAAAUCAAUGUUCAUUUGCCAACUCUCUAUGGGAUCUAAGUCAUCACUUUCAAGAGGAUCCAACAGUGCUUUCAUCAUUGAAUAGGCUUAUUCAUGGUUUUCAGGAAAUGAAUAGAUUUCAUACUACUUUAUUAGAUCAAGCAUCAAGAACUGUGUUGAGGAGCAUUACUUCAUUUAUAAAGAAUGAUAUUAAAGGUGUAAAAGAGAAUAGACAGCAUUUUGAGAAAAUUUCUACUGAGUUUGACAAUGUAUUAGUGAGGAAUAGUCAAACAUCAAAAAGCAAACAGAUAGAAGUGGAGGAAGUGCAGAAUUUACUUGUGGCAACCAGAGUUAGCUUCAGUCACCAAUCAUUAAACUAUGUCAAUUCUGUGAGGAUAUUACAAAGUAAAAAACGACAUGAAUUGUUAAGCUCUUUUUUAUCAUAUAUGCAUGCAUGCACAACAUAUUACCAUCAAGGAUCUGAACUGUGCAGUGAUUUGGACCCAUUUUACAGACAAUUGGCUGAUGAGAUUUGUGAUAUGCGAGAUGACACUUCACGCCUCGAAAAAGAAGUAGCCAACUCUCACAGUAUUGUAAAUAACGUUGAAACAAUCCCGAAACUUGGUUCUGGCUCGAAUGAUCCUAUUCUUGAAGGAUAUUUAUUCAAACGCACGUCAAACGCGUUUAAAACAUGGCAUCGCAGAUGGUUUCGAUUACAUGACAAUAAAUUAGAGUAUAGGAAACGUUCUGGUGAUAAAGAUUACACCGUUAUGGAAGAAGAUCUUCGGUUGUGUACGGUGAAAUCGGUGCAAGAAGGUGAAAGACGGUUUUGUUUUGAAGUGUUGUCUCCAUCAAAAUCACACAUGCUGCAAACUGACUCGAAAGAAAUGUAUGACGCUUGGGUAGCAGCCCUGCAGAGAGGCAUCGGUGCUGCCAUUCAACAAAUUCCAAGCGAUAUUUCCAUGAUGUCAAAUAAUAGUUUUAUGGCACGGAAUAGCGAUCAAUCAGCAAUUAAACAAGACUCGGAUAAACUGCGGAAGUUAAAAAUGUGGGAGCAGUUGAUUAAAAUACCAGGAAAUAAUUUGUGUUGUGAUUGCGGCAGUCCGAAUCCAAGAUGGGCGAGUAUUAAUCUUGGAAUUACGCUGUGUAUUGAUUGUUCUGGCGUGCAUCGUAGCCUCGGAGUGCAUUACAGCAAGGUGCGUUCGUUGACUCUGGAUGAUUGGGAACCGGAAGUGGUUAAAGUAAUGGCCGAGUUGGGUAAUGCAGUUGUUAAUCGUGUUUACGAAGCGCUCGUACCGGAAACCUUCAUUAGGGCGACGCCAUGUUGCACUGGAAUCGUUAGAGAUAAUUGGAUUAAAUCGAAAUAUGUUGAGAAACAAUUUAUCAAGCAAUUAAUGCCGUUUGAAUCAUCAAGUCAACGAUCAUCACGUUAUUCAGACGUGCGAAAGUGGAGCGUUAGGAAACUUCGUCGUCGACCCCGAAGUGUCGACACGAAUUUAAAGAAGACUAAAAGAGAUUCGUUUCCGGAGAGACCAGUAACGGAAAUCGUGUCAAGUGACAAUAAUUUACAACAACGACGUGAUAGUGGCUCGUCUGUUUUGUUAUUUGGUGGUGAAUUCGAAAAGGAACCGAUUAUUGGUUCGCUUAGUUUAGGUACAGAUCAAGAUGAUUCAACAGGUGGUGAAGAAGAGGAGGAUCCAAAUGCUGAAGAUAUUUCUAAGUUACAUCCGAAUUUAUUGUUGUACAAAGCUGCCGCUGCGCAUAAUCUGCCUGUGAUGUGUGAGGCAUUAGCAUUGGGCGCGGAUAAACACUGGGAGAAUGUAGAGGAUAAGAAUCGCACGGCUUUACAUCAAGCAGUUAUUAGUGGAUCUGUUAUGGCUUUGGCGUAUUUAAUGAUAAACGGCACUAAACUCAACGUCCAGGAUGAGGAUGGAUGGACAGCACUGCAUUUGGCCACACAACGUGGACAUACCGCGCAAGUUUGUUUCCUUUUGAAGCAUCAUGCCGAUCAGCAUUUAGGCAACAACGCUGGGAAGGUCCCGCUUGAAAUUGCAGAAACAAACGAGAAUGCUGAUAUUGUCACAUUAUUACGUCUUGGUCGAUUGAACGAGGAAAUGAAAGACUCAAAUGAAGGAGUGUCGGGCGAUGAUACUUUCAAAGAUGUGGUUCGUGACUUUUCACAAAUGGCUGUGACCCAUCCGGAACGAUUACAACGAAAUUCAAAAAUUGAAUGAAUCAUAUAGGUAUUAUUUCUGCAUGUUAUGACAAAGUUACAUUUCUAUUUACAUUUAUGACGACAAACGAGAAGAUGAAGAGAUGAUCACGAGUAAGUAAUUUAUGGUAAGCGCGUUAAAUAAUUUAUAUUUUUAAUCCGUACUUUAAUGAAACAAUAAAGUCAAUAAUAUAUAAAUUUAUCGCUGA